AUGGAUCCAAACAAGCUGGAUUUCCAAGGGGACUCUGAACUGUCAACCAUAGACACGGAGGAAGAGGGAAUGACAGAGACAGAGGAGAGACCAGAGAGUGAUAGAGAGGCAGAGAGAAGAACUCCGAAUCUCUGGAAGAUGUGUGACCAACCAAAAUGCAACCCAUGCGGCCCACCAAAAUGUGAUCCAUGCAACCCACCAAAAUGCAAUCCACACAACCCACCAAAAUGCAACCCAUGCUGCACAACAAAAGCCCCAUGUUGCAUUCAGGAACGGUGCUGCUGUUUGGUAGCCAAGCCUGAGUACACUUGCCUUAAUAAGGAGCCUGAGCCUGAGCCUAAGCCAAAGCCACUCCAAACUCAAGACAAGGGCUCUCAAACCCAGCAGCAGCCCCAAAGUCCACAAAAUAAGUCCUGGCUUGGCAUAUGGGGGCAGAAGAAGCCAAACAACUAG